AUGGAGGCAAACCGCGUCACCCUUCAAGACACGGAGAGCUUCCUGUCCCUAGACGAAUUCAAGUCAAAUGACACCGCUUCAUACACAGCGGAAAACUCCAGUGACCGCACGAAGCAAGACGAUCUCAGCGCGACGGCAGCAAAGAGACACUCUGCAGCUUCUUCAUUGAUACUGGAACAACAGGAAAACACACCUAUAUCAUACUUCCUCCAUUUGCACUCCACGGAAAGCUUUGCGUCAGUGGCGGUGGUGGACAUUCCUGCAGCGCUGCAGGGUGAGGAGGAGGCGCCAGCGCUGCGGCGCGUCGGCACGCCGGUGGAGCCACAGAUGCGGCUCGCGGUCACGACACACCGAGUUCGUCUGGACGGCGAUUUGUGGGGGCGUGUUGUCGACGAGUGGCCGGACCUGCUCGAGCAGGAGUUCACCAGCGAUGUGUGCGAUGCCACGGCGCUGCCGCCGACCUCGAUGCAGCGGCUGGUGCUCACAGCCGGCAGCCUCAUCGCCGACUUCCAGCUCUCGCACGGAGGCCUAGCGAAGAAAGAGCUGAACAAGCAGCUGGCCAACUCGCCCUUCACGCGGACCUGGGGGCUGUACGAGCGCGUCGCCGAGGCGAAGGACACGCCGCCCACCCGUGCCACGCCGCCCGCUGGCCUUCGCGACGCGGAGAGCUUCGCAUCGCUGGAGGCGGUGGACAUUCCUGCAGCGCUGCAGGGUGAGGAGCAUGCGCCAGCGCUGCGGCGCGUCGGCACGCCGGUGGAGCCACAGAUGCGGCUCGCGGUCACGACACACCGAGUUCGUCUGGACGGCGAUUUGUGGGGGCGUGUUGUCGACGAGUGGCCGGACCUGCUCGAGCAGGAGUUCACCAGCGAUGUGUGCGAUGCCACGGCGCUGCCGCCGACCUCGAUGCAGCGGCUGGUGCUCACAGCCGGCAGCCUCAUCGCCGACUUCCAGCUCUCGCACGGAGGCCUAGCGAAGAAAGAGCUGAACAAGCAGCUGGCCAACUCGCCCUUCACGCGGACCUGGGGGCUGUACGAGCGCGUCGCCGAGGCGAAGGACACGCCGCCCACCCGUGCCACGCCGCCCGCUGGCCUUCGCGACGCGGAGAGCUUCGCAUCGCUGGAGGCGGUGGACAUUCCUGCAGCGCUGCAGGGUGAGGAGCAUGCGCCAGCGCUGCGGCGCGUCGGCACGCCGGUGGAGCCACAGAUGCGGCUCGCGGUCACGACACACCGAGUUCGUCUGGACAGCGAUUUGUGGGGGCGUGUUGUCGACGAGUGGCCGGACCUGCUCGAGCAGGAGUUCACCAGCGAUGUGUGCGAUGCCACGGCGCUGCCGCCGACCUCGAUGCAGCGGCUGGUGCUCACAGCCGGCAGCCUCAUCGCCGACUUCCAGCUCUCGCACGGAGGCCUAGCGAAGAAAGAGCUGAACAAGCAGCUGGCCAACUCGCCUUUCACGCGGACCUGGGGGCUGUACGAGCGCGUCGCCGAGGCGAAGGACACGCCGCCCACCCGUGCCACGCCGCCCGCUGGCCUUCGCGACGCGGAGAGCUUCGCAUCGCUGGAGGCGGUGGACAUUCCUGCAGCGCUGCGGGCAGAGGAGGAGGCACCGAAGGUGUUGCCGCUGACGGCGUUCGAGGAGGAGGCGCCAGCGCUGCGGCGCGUCGGCACGCCGGAGGAGUCGCGUCGUGGCCCUCUCGAGACGACCACCGUGGUAGGCGCCCGUCCCGUCACGCCGCCCGCUGCCCUUCGCGACUCGGAGAGCUUCGCAUCGCUGGAGGCGGUGGGCAUUCCUGCAGCGCUGCGGGCAGAGGAGGAGGCACCGAAGGUGUUGCCGCUGACGGCGUUCGAGGAGGAGGCGCCAGCGCUGCGGCGCGUCGGCACGCCGGAGGAGUCGCGUCGUGGCCCUCUCGAGACGACCACCGUGGUAGGCGCCCGUCCCGUCACGCCGCCCGCUGCCCUUCGCGACUCGGAGAGCUUCGCAUCGCUGGAGGCGGUGGACAUUCCUGCAGCGCUGCGGGCAGAGGAGGAGGCACCGAAGGUGUUGCCGCUGACGGCGUUCGAGGAGGAGGCGCCAGCGCUGCGGCGCGUCGGCACGCCGGAGGAGCCACAGAUGGGGCUCGCGGUCACGGCACACCGAGUUCGCCUGGACGGCGAUUUGUGGGGGCGUGUGGUCGACGAGUGGCCGGACCUGCUCGAGCAGGAGUUCACCAGCGAUGUGUGCGAUGCCACGGGGCUGCCGCCNGACCUCGAUGCAGCGGCUGGUGCUCACAGCCGGCAGCCUCAUCGCCGACUUCCAGCUCUCGCACAGAGGCAUAGGAAAGGGAGGGCUGGACGAGCAGCUGGCCAACUCGCCUUUCACGCGGACCUGGGGGCUGUACGAGCGCGUCGCCGAGGCGAAGGACCGCCGCCCACCCGUGCCAGCCGCCCGCUGGCCUUCGCGACGCGGAGAGCUUCGCAUCGCUGGAGGCGGUGGACAUUCCUGCAGCGCUGCGGGCAGAGGAGGAGGCAC